AUGUCGGCAAAAAAUAAUGGAUAUCUAGGGAAGGAUCAAGAAGAAACUCAACAUGAAGAAACCCCAGCUAAACACGGCGAAGAAGCUGCGAAGCCACCUCCAGUCAAACCGCCUAGACAGUUGAAAAUCCCUAAGUUCUUGACUGACAAAGCGCCUGCUGUACAGCCCCCUGAUCCAGCAACUACAUUUAGAGGAUAUGACCAGCCGCCGGUUAACGAGCGGCUUGAACAAAUCAAGAUUUUUCUUGCUGACGAAGAUGCGAACCGAUGCUUGGAUUUCAAAGACAAGCUCAGCCAAAUACAAGAUUACCUCGCUCAUGUUGAGAAACAUGACCUUCCACGAGACUGGAAACUCUUCAAGGAUGCAAAGGUAAUGACAGAUAUACAAGCAGAUUGGCAUAAUCGUAUGGAUCAGACAGCACUCGGCGAUCCCCUAUGUGUAGAUUCUCCUCAGAUCCAGCCUUAUAGCACGAGGCUCAUGUCGAAUGAAGUGACUCUUGCUAUUCGCGAGACGAAGGAAAUCAAUGGUACGCAGACACAAGUCCGCGAAGAUUGCCCUCCUUUCACGAUAACGCGUACCAAGGAUCACGAAAUAUUUCUCAGGGCUAUCAAGGCCGACGCCAAGAAAAAUCUGACGGAAUUCACGGAAGAGGAAGAAAAUCGUAAUCUCUUCAAAAUUGAAAACCGAGCAUACAAUGAAGCUAAGGAAACUCCAACAUUGAUUCCUCUUUGGACGGACCCUAUCCGUGGUCUCCCCGAUACUGGAAAGAAGCAAAGUAGCGACGAUCCUUGGUAUGGGAAUAGCCAGGUUCUAGGAGUCACCCCAAAAGAGCAAGUUAAGCCAGAACCAACGCAUAACGUUUUACCAGACGUUAUCAGCGGAUACCAGGAUAUCAUUCGGAACUAUUUGAAGUUGUACAGAGAAAAAGUUAGUACCCUUGGUCGUGGAGAUCAGCGUCAUGCGAAAGACUGGAGAGUCGCAGUCUUGAAGGCCGUUCUAAGAUUGUUCCCGACACCAGAAGCCAAGGCGCUUGAGCGUAAUGCUAAUGUAUAUUCCACGGGGCAAAGACGAGGUGAUAUGACGGAUGAGGAAUACAGAGCUGUCAAAGAUGAUUGGAAGAAAUACAACGAUUUACAGGAUCAGCUGUUGGAACAUCUCUCCGCCAAAACUACCCCCCCACUACAGUUCUAUUUUGAUGAGCCAGAUAUGGUCAAGACAGACCUAUACGACCCUAGCAAGAUCAAUAUUCCUAGGGAAUAUGGCGAGCGAUUGCGGGAGGUGCAUGACAUGCAGAACGAGCUUAUUGGCCUUUUGAAAGAAUGUCGUGAUGAUGGUGGCCCGCAAAAUUGCGAUUGGUUCAUACUGGGAAGAAUGGCCGAGAUACUUGCUCCUGUGGAGCCUGAUAUGUUCGGCGAAGUAGGACAACAUUGGGCACAUUUCAAAACGAGGCAUAUUCCUUUGCUUUGGGAUAAAGCAUUCUCGGCACAAGAGAAGUCGGUCUGGCUCAAUUCCAUUGAUUCGGGGGAGAGAGAAGUGAUCCGUCCGUAUAUCCAAAGACUACGGGAUCUCUGGGAUACACUUUAUGAGAAAAAUCCUGAUCUUCGACGUGAAGAGACCACUCUGGAGCAUGAUGAGCCAUGGAUUGUGUUAUUACCAUUACAGAGGGGUGCUUUAAGAACAGACGCAAAGAGACACAAGAUGACGCCCGAUUUUAUGCAACCGUAUAUCUUUUAUGUCCCUUGGGUCACUCCAAAACCCAAGCUUUCUCCGGAACUGGAACAGCAAGUACUAAGAAUUCACCGACUUUUGAAACAGAAAGAUGAAUCAGGAGGUCAACUGCCACCCGACAGAAUGGCGGUACUUCGACAAAAUUUGGCUCCGUUCUUUUAUCCCAGACUUCGUCGGAUGUAUGAUCAAACGCUCAGUGAUGAUGAACGAGUCCGAAAACCUGCUCUUGCCGCAUUUUCUGAGAUUUUUGACCCUUGGCUAGCGGGAUUUGAAGGAGUUGGAAUCGAGAUAAGAAGUUAUCAAAGAGAGGAAGCCCAAGCUUUGUUAACAGAAACUAUACCAGCCGAUCUAGCAUCUUCACCAGGUGCACCAGAUAUAGCUGAGAAGAAAGCUCCCCAAUUCAGACAGCGAGAUCCAUCUGUUCUAUAUCAGACUCAUCAAAAGUUGGACCUAGAUUCGUUAAAUGCUCUCAACGCAGAACUGAACCGAGGUCUUCCCGACUACGGUGAUGUGGGAGCUCCCUCUAAUGCUGGAGGAUGGAGUCUAGAGAAGAGAAGAAAGUUUGCGAAAUUACUGGGCCAUCCGAAAAUGCAACAGAUGAGACAAGAGGUAGCUGAUAUUGAAGCACAAAUAGCAGCAUAUGGAGAUGAUUUUAAUGUGAAAGGCAGUUUGCUAGUGGAACGGGAUCUUCUCAACCAAAAGCUUGACAAUGAAGAGAGACGAGUCAUGAUGGGGGUCAAGGGCGCGGCUAAGAGGAGGCUCAAGGACAAAACAAUCACGGUAUUACAAAGUGUGGAUUUUGUUGGCACAGAUGUAGAUACCGACAAUCGUCCUGGAGUCUUCUACCUUGCCACUGAGCCACCUUCACCAAUGACCAUUCAUCCUACAAAAGUUGAUCCUUUGUCUCUUGUGCCAAAUCUUGACACUGGUCUUCAUCGCAAUCGAGGGCAAAAUUGGCAAAAGUUUAUCCUAGGCUAUCCGGAAAAGACUUCUCGUUACGACACGGGUACUCUAAACUUUCAGUCCAAGGCUGAGAGAAGGGGUAUUCAGCGAGCGGCUAUUGAAAUGGCUUUGAAUUUGCUAGCGUCGAACUAUGAGCAACGUCGUCCAGAUGAUCGAUUCCGUCGACUUGUACAUCCACCACCAUGGGAGCCACCUCCACCAGAAGUUCCAAUUUCAAUGGAACUUGAACCCACCAAACGACCUGUGGAAUUGGACACGAAAUAUUACACCAAAGUUUUGGCCGCAUACCAGCGUUGGAAAGAUGAUGAUUGGUAUGAUGCUCGUGAUAAGAUCAUUAAACUUUUCCCAGGUCAAGUUGCACCACCGGCUAAUUAUAACGGUCCUUUCACGAUUCCAACCAUGUUCGAAUACCAAGAUGUCGCAGCUAAAUAUUUGGGGAGCUUGAUUCCUACCUGGAACGCUUUGUUACAUGCAUCUAACGUUUUUCCGCGACCAUUCCUCACAGCAGUUCUUUCGCGUAUUCAGAGAGGUGUCAAUUUUGAGCCUGGUCGAGUGGUCGAUCUUCUUUACGAAGAAGCAAAUGGUAUGGAGAUCAAACUGAUGCAGCAAGAACUUGGUGUUCUCCGGGAAUUAAGUGAACCAACUUGGAACUGGCAUUGGUUGCCAUAUCCUAAGGUUGCAAAUGAGAAGGAAGACAUGCCCAGACAGCUUCUUGAUGAAUUCGAAAGAGAUAUUGCAGAGCUACCAGAGGCUAAUAAGCCUCCAUACUGGACGUCAGGACAGCCCCCAGAGCUCCCACAAAGCUCUGCGCAAAAUUGGCCAGCAUCGCAGAGGGAUCUUCGCUUGAUUUCUCGAUAUGAUCCUGAUGUUCAUUCGGCCACUUCUAUAUCCUUGAGAGACCUUCUUCAAAUUAUUAACGAUCGUCGACAUAGUCUAAAUUUACCUGCAUGGGACGUGGCCACUGCGAGAGCUCAUCUUGAGACAAUGCAUAGAUAUCACCACAUACAUUUUGAACCAGUUGGAGAAAGGGAAAUACAGGCGGGUGCAGAUCAAACAGGAACGCAUGAUCUCAUAGCAAGGGUCGCACUUACAGGUCGUCCCGAGAUGAAAUAUGUGGAAACCCGAAGGGAGGCGUAUCACACAUAUGGAAUACAGGAAGAAAACAAUGUCUUCACUGUUCAAUACAACGCGGCUCGCUUUACGGGGCCUCCAAUCAUCCAACCCAAUCUCUACAGAUUUAUCGAAAAGGCCUCCUUCAAAUUCGGUAGAGCAAUCGCUAUGCACACCGAGGAACUCACAUUGGACGAAACUCACUACACGCGAGAGCUCCGUCUCGAUAUCGUUAACAGAAGUUACCAACGAACACUCCUCCGUUCCGAAGGCAAACCCCUCUAUCCCGGGGAACCCAACGUUCCUCCCGCCACCCCCAAUCCAAACAACAUAACCCUAAUCCGCCUCGCAUCCGAUCUCCACAAAGUCGCCCCUGACAUCUUCACCUCCUACGGUCUCAACCCCGAAACCUUACUCGAUCCCGCCGUGCCCCUCCAAACCCGCACCAAAUACGCCGCCCUCAUGAUCCAAACCCAAGUCAUCGAAGAACUAAACAACAACUGGGAAUCGCGCUUCCCCAUCCGCGAAGAUGUCUGGGGAUUCGCUCGGGAUCGUCUUGACAAUCCUGUGAAAACUAUCGUCGCAGGUCGCACCUUUACGGAGUAUUAUCAGCCGCGCCAACAUUUUAGUAUGCGCAGAUGGCCUCCUUGCGAACAGAGUCUCGCGGGUCAACAGGUUAUUAAGGAUAGUGGACCCGUGGUGCAGGAGAAGGUUAAGCCGAAAAUUGUCCCGACGAAAACGUUGGAGCAGAAGAAAUUGGAAGAGCUGAGGAAACCGAAGGAGCCGAAACAUAUAGCGGGUGGACUGCCUAAUUUCCCAUUCGGGGAGACGCCUUAUCAGCAGGCUUAUUUGAGUUGGAGGAUACAGGAGGAUUUGAAAGAUGUCCCCGAAUUCAACCCCCCACCUCAACCACGCACCUUGCUCUCCAAACUCCUCCCCACACCCGCGCCUCCACCACUCAUAGACCACUACGCACUCCCCUCCAUCCCCUCUUCAAUCACCCCCCGCAGUAUCCCCCUCGAAAUCCUCCGUCAACGAGCCAUUACCGCCGCGCAAGCCACGCCGGGCCUUCCCAACCUCACCGAAUACUAUCGAGAUAAUUAUGAAGCGAGACGAGUACGAGAUCAUCGGAAGUGGGAAAAGGAGAAUGAAAAAAUUAAAGCGUUGGAGAUGUUGGCGGGUGGGAAAAAAUGGCAGAAUAUGUCGAGGGAGGAGAGGGUGAAGUGGGCGGGGGAAUUGGAGGCGAGGGAGAUGGAGGAGUUGAGGGUUUUGCAGGAUCAGAGAGGGGGAGUUGGAGAAGGGGGGAUUGGUGGGGUGGGUGGGAUAGGUGCGGGUGAUGGGGGUUUGGCAUUGAGAAUAGGGAGGGGCGCGAGGAAAAGAAGUAGAAGUUCGAGUGUAGGGGGUGGGGGUGGGAGAAGAGAGAGUAGAUCGAAGAGGAGAGGGAGUAGGCCUACGCCAUUGGCUAUGGAACCAAUGAUGUCGGGAGCUUUGUGA